GCCAAGUGGACAACACUCCAUACCCAGACAUGUUCAAUAUUAAAGGAGAUACAGCGAAGAAAGAUGAUUCUGAGAUGAGAAGGAACAGUGAAAUGAAGAAGACUUCAACACCAAAGGAAAUGACUGAGAAAUGUUCUCCUGCCAUAGCUAAGACUUCCAUAUCAUCACAUGCCAGUCCCACUCUGAAAGAAUCUAAGAUUCCACAAGCUGACCCACGACUACGAAAAUCAAUGAAAUCAUCAGCCUCACCUGAUGUUUCUUCAACUGAGCUCGACCGUGGGACGCCCAUCCCAGGCAGUAAGCUAACACUCACCUCCAUCUUUUCCUACCCUUAUGAUGUACCACAGCUCAAAAGCAGUCCACUUAAAAACCCUGAGAAGUCAUCUCCUCAAUCAACUACAGCACAUCAGAAGCACAAGUCUCAAGAUAAGACAAGUCCUAAGAAAAGUCCUAAAACCAAGACCUCUGAUUCACCUAAAUUAACACCUGCACCUUCUUUGUCAGAGAAGCAAACAGACAAAACUGAGAGUAAUUUCAAGAAACCAUCAAAACCUCAGAGUGUUGUUAGUAGUAAGGCAGACUCUGCAGUGUCACAACAUGUUAUAUCCACAAAAACUACAAAAGAAAGUGCUGGAGGGAGCCGGCCAACCAUCAAGACUUCUCCUUGUGACCCUAGUCUUAAAACUAAAGGUUCUGCUAACAAUGCUUGUGUGCCAAAACCAAAGGAGGAGAGUGAGAGACCUCCCCUUCCUAGCCUUAGAAGAUUGAAGCAGGUAUUUACAGGCCUUUAUCAGCAGAGGACUGUGGUGGCUAAACCCUCCAGCGAAUUGAAUGGGGUGCCGACUGACACACAUAGGCUGUUUAAGACCCCUUCAUCCAAGACCUCCUCCCCUAAGACUCCCUCAUCCAAGACCAGCUCCCCCAAGACUCCCUCAUCCAAGACCAGCUCCCCCAAGACUCCCUCAUCCAAGACCAGCUCCCCCAAGACUCCCUCAUCCAAGACCACCUCCCCCAAGACUCCCUCAUCCAAGACCACCUCCCCCAAGACGCACUCACUCAAAACCCCCUCUCCCAAGACCCGCUCCCCCAAGAAGCCUCAGACUAGAGUUCUUCACAGAUUCACCCAGGAUCCGAGGAUCCGAGAUCCGAUCCAGGAUCAGAGCCCAUCUAUGCAGCCCACCUCCAGCACCUCCAGCAACAACCCAGAAGGGAGACCUGCAGCCUCAACCUCAAUUCUGGGCAGGAGUUUAGAGCUAAAAAUUAGUCAAGGUUUCCAGAAACCAGACACACCCAGGCCAAAGAGCUACUCCCCCAAGAGCAAACCAACAGGGAUUUCACUGAACUAUAGGGGUACUGGUACUCCUUUCCGGGGAAGUGAGGGGAAUCUAACAACUACCCCCACUUCUAGGGGCCUGGCAAUCCCCCAUGACUGUCCAUCUCAGACCAGGAGUUCUCUGAGUAAAGCCUCAUAUUCUGCCAAAUUACCAUGGGAUGGAAAGAGCGACAGAGAGAGAGAGAGGGACAGGGAGAGAGAGAGGGACAGGAAGAGAUGGGAGAGGGAGAGAUGGGAGAGGGAAAGGUGUCCACCCUCACCGAGACACCUUCACCCAGCACGGGGCCCAAUUCCACAGCCAAGCCGGGAGGAUCAUCCUAAAGAAUGCUUUAGAAAGAAAGACAAAACUACUACAGGACAGGAGGACUUUAGAACUAAAGUCAAAAUACCAUGGGCACCAACUCAAAAACCCUCUAGCUCUCACAAGAGUUGGCCAAAUGUACCCUCACCCUGCCAGAAUCCUCCACCUGCGAGAAAUGGCCCCCAGUCAUACUCCAAAAAUAUCAAAGGCGCGCACUCACCCUCAGCUCAGACUAAAUCUAAAGUACCAGGGGAGAAGACAGACUCUCAGCACAUCAGCUCCCCCCCUACAACACAGAAGGUCCCUCAGGAGUCAGUGUCCCCUCCCCUGUCCCCCCGCUUCAGACCCGGCCCCAGCAGUCCGGAGCUCAUCCAUGCCAUUGUGAGUGCCAUGGGCUAUCUGCUUGGUGUGCCACCCACCUCCAUCCCUGGCCUCUGCCCUUCACCUGAAGACCCUGGUACGUCCUCCACCACUGACCCAUCAGCUUUUAACUCAGACCCCAUCCAGCCCCCCUGGACUGAAGAACUACGACUCAUCCGGCAAAGACUCAGUGAGCCUGGCUUAGGGCUCAACCCCCAGCCUCCAGACCACACCCAACCAGCAUCCAGACCACACCCAACCAGCCUCCAGACCACACCCAACCAGCCUCCAGACCACACCCAACCAGCCUCCAGACCACACCCAACCAGCCUCCAGACCACACCCAACCAGCCUCCAGACCAAAGGACACACACACACAGGACAGAGGGAAGAGAUGCCUGCACAAUCAAUGGCACCAUCACUAAGAAAGAAUACAAAGAUGUGAGAGGAGAUAGGAUGAAGAUGAGGAUACUGUAGCAUGCUACACUGCAGAGCUGCAAGGAGUCAGAGAGCAGCUGUUCAGACAGGACUUGACUGACUGACUGGUGGAAUCAGAAGAUGUUCACGUUAACAGGCUGAACAUCUGCUCAUACACCUGGGUUGUGUUUCUAACUCUUUCUCUGGAUAUAAUGAUCUAAUAAAUACAGAGUCAAAUACUUGAUGUACAUAUUCAUUUGCUGUAAGUACUGGCAGUUCAGCUCUUUGAAUUGAUGAUUUCAAUGCUUGUGAUACUGGUUGAAUUUUUAGAUGGAUUUGAUCUUGCUUUCAUUUUGACAAGCAGUUAGCUGAAAAAUACAGGAAGCUGGGCAUGCUGAAGUUUGCACAUGUGACCACAGGAGGGCAGUCUCAUGCCAACCUAAUGCAAAUCCUAGUCAUAAUGAAGGGAGAAAUGAAAUCUAAUGUACAGAUUGUCAAAUUGUCAAAACAAAUGUACAGAGCACUGUGCUUUUGAA